AUGUCCACAAAAGAAUUAAGAACAAGUUUGCAAGGAAUUCUAAAGUUUCUGGCACCUCAUUGGGAUUUUGUCAAUUGCCAUAUGGUCAAUUAUCUAACUGAUAAUCACUGGGAAACUUUUAUACCAGAAAAUGUCCAACAAAAUGUGAAGGAAUCCAGCGAUAUCGAUGAGUGUAUCGAUGAGGUGUUUUGGAAGUCCAUAGAAUCAAAAAAAUUCGAGGAUGUAUGGACAUUUUUCGAGGAUUCCAAGAGAUUUCGUUUAGAAAACAUGAAGCAUCUCUUGACAACUGUUGAUGAUUUACACAAGGUUCUGGAAAAAAAUAAUUUGGGAAGCUCGCUGACUCUUAAAGAAUUUAUGAGCGAAAAGAAGCGACAUGAAGUUGAAACUACAGCUGAGUUAGUAAACGACUUGAUUGAACACCAUAAGGCCAAGGAAGCAAAGGAUCUCUAUAUUGUCGACGCUGGCGAUGGCAAGGGUUAUCUUUCUUCGCGACUGGCUUUGCAGUAUGACCACAAAGUCCUUGGAAUCGAUUUUAAGGAGACAAAUACUGAAAACGCUUCCGAAAGAAAUAAAAAGCUUCAGCGUGCUUGGAAUGGACUCACAGAACGUGCUGAGCUUAUAAGUCAAGGCAUCCAACCUCCACGACGCGGUAAGAAACAAAAACCCACUCCAGCUGCCGAACCGAAACCAGAUAACUACAAAACCACAAACAAGUUCAUUACCACCAAAUUGCCUUUCAAGGACCUCGUUAAGCAGGACUUUGAUCUUCCGGCUGACUCAAGUCCAUCACUCUGUUUGACUGGUCUUCACACAUGCGGGAAUCUUGCUCCAACUUGUCUGCAGGUCUUCUCAGCCCAAGAAGACUUUCGAAUCGUUUGCAACAUCGGCUGCUGUUACCAUCUGCUGAAGGAAGAAUUCUCAACCGAUGAAUUCUUUGGCAACAAAGUAAUCAUGGAGCAGCAGUCGGACAUUGGAUUCCCUAUGAGCGAGUUUCUUAAAGGCCAACGAGUUAGAAUGGGACGAAAUGCAAGGAUGCUGGCUGCACAAUCAAUCCACCGAACUCAAAAUGCCAAAGAGCUACCAAAUAUAUCGUUGUUCUAUCGAGCACUGCUGGAGGUGAUGAUUGUCGAGCGAGAUCCAAGCCUCAAGGAUACCGUGCAAGUGGGCAAGAUUAAAAAAUUCAAUAACUUCAAAGAAUACAUCGCGUUAUGUAGUAGAAAGGUGAGCCUGGAGCUUGAAACACUCGCCGAGGAAGAUAUUGAAAGGAUAGAGAAAACGUAUGAAAAACAAGCGAAAUUCCUUGAUUUAUUUUAUCUCCUUCGAAUGGGAUUUGCUCCUGUUUUGGAAACUCUCAUUAUCCUAGAUCGUUUGUUGUAUUUAAGGGAGCAGGGUUAUGCCAAUAGUUAUGUGAUUCCAUUGUUUGAUCCUGUUGUUUCGCCGAGACACUUUUGUAUUGUUGCUUUCAAAUAGAUUUUACGGAUUUUACAAUAAAACUAUUUUUAUAAAGAA